UUUCCCUCUCCGUCAGUCCUUUUAUGGGCCAGAGCCCUCUGUCUCUUCAGAACCUGGACAGCGAUGACGUUUGCCGAGGAUAAGACAUAUGAGUAUAUCCGCCACCAUUACAGCAAUUUUGUCGACCGCGUUCAUGUUCCGGAGAUCCUGCCUUACCUGUCCUGCCUCACCACAAGUGACCAGGACCGACUGCGGGCCUCUUGCCAGCUCUCUGGGAACCAGGGCACCCUCUGGGAGCUCUUCAACAGCCUUCGGCGGCGGAUCGGCUGGGUGGAAUCCCUCAUCAAGGCGCUGAGGGCCUGUGAGCUGGUGGAUCUCGCUGACGAAGUGGCCUGCAUCUACCAGAGCAACCUGCCUGGUGUCUCUCUUUGUCCCCCAGGGGUCCGGAGGCCACAGUCAGCUCCUGCUGAGGUUUCACAGCCCUCCAGACCCGCUGUGGCCCCCAGGGCCCCCUACAAUGGCUACAGAGAGGAGGAGCCAAGUUUCCCCAUGUCUGUCCAGGACACCCAGCCACCAGAGUCCCUGGAAGAGAGUUCAAAGAAAGUCCCACAGAUGCCCCAUUUUGGGGCUGUCCCGAGGAGGCCAUCCAGCCCCCUGGAGCCCUCCUCUGACAUGGCAGCCUUUAGCCCUCUGACCUCCAGUGGACAUCAAGAGCAGGACACAGAACUGGACAGUGCCCACGCAGCAGGCAUGGCCUCCAGCCUCACCUUACCCUGUGGGCCUGUGUCUCCGACUGCCUCCUUCCAGCCUUUGACCCGUUCCAUCCCCAGGGCGAGCCAUUGGCCUGCACCCUCCGUCUCCGCUCCGCCUCCUGGCACCUCCUCCUUUUCCACGGGCUUGGCCUGUGCAGGGGGUGCUGGCGACCACGGUGAGCCUGGUGUCUGCCCCAGUGGGGCAGGGGUGUCUACCAGCUCGUUGACCACCAGCACAGCACCCUCCAGGGCGCCUGCCAACUCAGCAUUUGACAGAACAGUGCCUUCCAAGUUGCCUGCCUGCUCGAAACCCUCAGGGGCAGUGGCCACGAAUGUGCUCACGAGUCAGCCACCGUCCAAACUGCCUAUCAACUCAGUACGUGCUGGCACAGCACCACCCAGAGUCCUUGCGGGCCUGGUGCCUGAGCACAGGAUGUCUGCAAGCACGGUGCCCAGCAAGGUGCCUGCCAGCACAGUGCCCACCAUCAGGAGCAACAUACCCUCGGGGGAGACUGCAGCGGCUCCAGUACCCGCCUGUGUGUCCACCAGAGACAGCUUGCCCGGGCUAGACCCCAGCUCUGCUGGCUGGGGCUCUGAGUUGGAGCUGAGCAAGCCAGGCAGGCUGGCCUCCCGGGUGGACAGUGAGCCAUUCUCGGGCUGCUCCGCAGACCUGGCCCUCAGCUACAGCGAGUCCUUGGACGCGGGGCCUGACAAUGCCCCAGAGGAGAACGAGUACCAGUCGGUGGAUUCCAUCCGGAUCCAAGUGGCCCAGGACCCCAGCGUCGAGCUGCUGGAGGGUAAUCCUGGGCCGCGUGCCACCCCGCAGCCUCUGGUGGAGGAGGACUCCGUCCAGGCCAGCCUCUGGGCUUCAUGGCUCGGGGCAGCCGCCGCUGGGGCGCUCCUGGCCAUGCUCCUGACCAUGGUAUACAGGCGGCGCCUACUCCAGUGAAGCCCUGGGCCCUCUCUGCCAUGGAUCUGCUCCCUUCCCCAUGGGACAUCCAGCCCAAGCAUGGACUGUGCUGUCUUCCUGCCUUGUCCCUUUUGUGGGGCUGGUGGAGCCUGGGUCAGAGGGGAGCCAGGGGGCCUCAGGCCAGAUUUCUGUCCCAGCUCAUGCCCUCCCGAUGUGCUCUAGACCUCGCCCACCCUGCAGUCUGGGUUGUCACCUUUAUUCUCUGGAGGAGGUGAGGUAGCCCCAUCCGGGCUGUAUACCCAUUUGUCCAAGUCCACAGAUCAGGAGGUGCCACUGGAUUGUGCAGGGGGUUAUCAGUGCCCCCAUCCUGCCCUGGUGCCUGGUGUGCAGCAGAGUGGGGGACCCCACAGGCCUUGCUCCAGACCCCAAAAGCCCAGCCAAUGCUCCAGGAGCAUCAGGGUGGUCCAUCUCCACAGGGACAUGACUGCUUGAGGUCCGUCAAGAAGUAGAGGAGGUCCAGACAUUCUCCUGGCCCCUGGGGAACGUAAGGCAGCUGCUAGGCUAAGUACUGCCU